GCGGAAGAGCUGCAAUUUCAUAAUAUCUUGCUUCGUCGAAAACUAAACUGUUUGAAUAAAACUCUUAGAGAAAUAGAAGCUUUUUUGAAUAGUAACCUCUUAAAUGCAAUAAAAAUAAGCAGUCUUUCUGAGAAUCUUCAGAGUUCUCUUCUUCUGUCAGAUCAUCCAAGCAGCUGUACUCAUGACCAACUUAGCGUCAGUCAAUCAGCUAGAUCUCUGGAACUGCCAAUGAACCUUCCCUUAAUUGCAACAUCUAAUGCAGAAGAACAGCAUAGUCCUUCUGAAGUACUAAAUUCUUGUAAAAGUACUGUUUUGUCAAAGGAGGUAAACUCAGCUCAGCCCAGGUCUGCACCAUCGCUACAGUCUAAUAAAAACAACCCCAGGUCAGAUGGAAUAGACCAGGUGGAAGCCUUUGUUGACACCAACGCAUUUUUAAAAGAAAAUCAGUUAGGUACAGCGCUAAAUUACAAUGACUUCCUGACUCGCACCGAAAAUGCACAAUAUCUGGGCCAGUCGGAGGAGCUAGCAAAACAACAUACUGAUGGUUCAUUGCCAUUCUGUAAAAAUGUGUCUGAAAGAAAGAAGCCUGCAUUCUGUGAAAAUGUGACUGAGAGAAAGCAGCAUGCAGUACCUGAUAGGUCAAAACCUCAAUAUAAUCUAAAGAAUUUUGAUAAAAUACACAGUUCCAACCUACUUCACUGUGGUAUUAGUGGCAGCAACACCAGUGACGUGAACUUGCAGGCAAGACCCAGUGACUUGUCUGACAGUAUUCCUUCACCCCUUCCACUUAGCAGUGACUGUAACACUGAUUUUAAGAUUCCUGUAGACAAGAUCAAGUCUGAAGAAACCGUUUAUGAUGCUGAUAUGGAGCUGACUGCCAGUAAUGUAGGUGAGCUACUUUCAGUUACAUCAAAAGAUAAACUGCACCAAAAUAAAAACAGCAGUGCCACUUCUAUCAGCAAAUCAGCAAAUUUCAGAAGAGUAAAACAUCCUAAAGAAAAAACUAAAGGCAAGCCUAAAACAAGUUCCAAUUCAUAUGCAGAAGGAAUACACCCUAAGACAGACAGUAGUACAGAUUCAGAAACUAAUGACUUAGGAAUUGAAAUAUCCAAAAACCAGACAGAAUCAGGACAGUUACCUACAAGGCAUUCCUUAGCUCAACAGAGUUUUAAAAAUACYAGCAAAUAUUAUCGAGCACAAGACGGCCUAAAUAAAGCUAAAGAUACCAGAAGGCCAUACUUGGUUAACCUCAUGAGUCCAAGGAAACCAGAGGGAACAAAGGAAGACUUUUGCCCAGAAUGGUUUGAAGAUAAGGAAAACAAGGUACAAAAAGCAAACUCUAACACAUCUAUUAAUAAAUUACCACCUGAAGUUUAUUGUGAUGAAAGUUGUCUGUUGCAAGGUAACAUCUUUAAUACAUCGUCUUUGCAGCAGAAGUUUCUACAUACAAGUGAGAAACAUAUCAGCCCAGAAAUAAAUAGAAAAGCCUUGCAGAAUCCUUCUAAAAGGAACUCGGCACAAUACUGUGGAGAGGAAAAUGGGCAGUAUAGAGAACAUGGUUCAGAAAAGUCUCAAACAAAGAUAUGCCAAUGUGACAGUGAAAGAGAAGAAGAGCAGAAGARUGUUGUAAAGAAUGAAUGCAAUCAAAAACGCAGUUACAGACCAAGAGGAGAAAGUCAAAAUGAUAGCGUUCAUAAAGUUAUUCAGAAAAUAGACCGAAGGAGUAAUGUUUCACCAGGCAGAUUAAAAUGUACAUUAGCAAAAGCUAGAUGGAAAGUAUGCAUAGUACCAACAGAAAACCGUAAGCAAUUCACGUUUUGUAGAUCUGAAGGGUUAAAAAGUAAAAACUCAUUGCAUAUAGAUGUUGUCCRUGGAAAUAAAAUAGCUAAAACAAAGCUACUACAAGGAGCCUUAGGUUCUCAGGCUGGUGUAGCUAUGACUGCACUGCAGGAUAGUUCCUCCACAAAACAAAAGGCUGAUCAGAAAUCUGCUAUCUUAAAGAAAGAGAUAGAUUCCACAUCAAUCGCACAUAGAAAACCUUACUUUAUUAAUUCUACUGAUGAUCAAAAGAAGACUAAACAGAGCUUUAUUUCUGAUCUUACUGAGAUCAAACCAAAAGAGAAGGAUGUUAGGAAUGUUGACCAAGGCRAGGAAAAUAUUUUGGACAAGGAGAAAGUCCUGCCUGAGGAAUGUCUUCCCUAUAUGGAACUGCCAUCUGUUGAUUGCCAUAAUGUUUCAAUGUCUAACUUGUCUAACCUGAAAAAAUAUGAAAUCUAUGGAAGAAAUGAUCAUUCUAAAACACUGGAUGCUGACAUAGCAGAGAAGAAAUUGGAUARCACUACUACAGAAACUUGUAAAAAGUCUCUGACAGCUUGUCAUGAGAGAAAGGGUUUGCAAGAUCUGACAAAUGCUGAUGUACCUUUUCGCACAUCCUUGCCUAAAUCCCCCCAAACUUUACAAGAAAAUUCAGUAGUACGUGCUAGACGAGAAAGAGCCACUCUCUGCUACAAAGAACCCAAAAUAAACAGCAAAUUAAGGCGUGGAGAUCAAUUUACAGAUACAGAAUUUCUGGAUUCUCCAGUCUAUAAAGUAAAGAAUAAAAGAAGCUUUAAAAGUAAAUCAAAAUUUAUUUGAAGAAGACAAGAGAAUCGCCU